CGACAUGUCGACACGUGGCUUGCCGGUCGCUUUCCAGCAGGAAGUGUUUCCUGCGGGAAGCGUCGCUCCGUUUGUUUACUCCACAAACAUCGGUGGUUCGGUCCCCGGUCCGCCUCCAGCUGCCAGGGGACGUCACUGCUCGCUACCGGCCAACAGCCGUCCUCCGUCCGGUCUUGCAUGGGUGGCUGAGCGUCGGCCAUGAGUGCCGAUCCGGACGCCCUGCUGGUCGUCAACCAGCUGAGGGACCUGGCGGCGGACCCCAUGAACCGCAGGGCCAUCAUCCAGGACCAGGGCUGCCUUCCGGGACUCAUCCUGUUCCUGGGCAACCCCAACCCUGAGGUGGUCUACUCCGCCCUCCUGGCGAUCCGGUAUCUGGCAGAAUGCCGAGCCAACCAGGAGAAGCUGAAGGGGGAGCUGGGGAUGCUGCUGAGCCUCCAGAGCGUCGUGCACAAAUCCACGACUCCCGGAGAGACGAGGCUGCUGGCGUCUGAGAUCUACGAGGUCCUGCAGGCGUUCAGCGGCGGCGGCUCGGAGCCGGCAGAGGAGGCCGUCAGCAGCCGUCGGAAAGCCCAGUUCUUCAUGGGCGCCAGCAACAAGAGAGCCAAGACCGUGGUCCUCCACAUCCACGGGCUGGACGACUAUAGCCGGAGGAGUCAGUGUGAGGAGGCCCUGCUGAAGGUCAGAGGGGUCAUCAGCUUCACCUUCCAGAUGAGCCUGAAGAGAUGCAUUGUCCGGAUCCGAUCGGACCUGAAGGCCGAGGCUCUGGCGUCUGCGAUCGCGUCCACUCAGGUGAUGGCGGCUCAGCAGGUGCUGAAAGCAGAGACCGGAGAGGAGGUUUUCAUCCCGUUGGCGCAGGACGGCUCGAUGGAGCUGGAGCAGAACGUGAACCUGCCGGACUACCUGCCGGAGGAAGAGAGUCCAUCUCAAGAGCCCGACAAGGCGGUGAGGCGCGUGGGAUCUGGCCAGGACGGGAACAGCUGGCUGGGAGCUGCCACCAACUUCCUGUCCCGCUCCUUCUACUGGUGACCCUCCGUUAAACCUCCCGCCUCGUCUAAGAACCAAAAUCUACCAGCUGCCAAAUGUCACCGCUGGGGGACGAGACUCCAACAGAGUGUAGAAACUGAAGCAGCACUUUAACGCCGGCACAGCGGAUCAUAUUAACAAAUAAUGGGAUUGUGGUUUCAGUUUACGGUUUCUCUGAGACCUCGUUCUCUCUGUUCUAAACCAAAUUGUCUUAACAGACAGGAAGUGUCCUGCAGCGACAUGAACAAGAGGACUGAACAGGAAGUCCCUCCCUCCCUUGGGCCUUUUCAUCCUUCUUGAUCUGAGCAGCAGCCUGACGAGUUUUAAAGGAGCGGUGUCUUCGCUUCCUCUGAGGCUGCAGCGCUCUUUAGACCUCAGUGGAAACAAAGAGAAAACCUUUACGUCCUCGUCUUUCACCACCUAACUGGUGGUGCCACCAAACAGUGACGUCACAUUUGUUUUAAGUGUUAGCUCAACAAGUGGACAUCUCUGCUCGUGACAUGUGACAACAGGAAGGACUGUUGGUGAACUACAGUCGCUGUAGCUAACCGCUAACUCGUUACCCGUUAGCUGACCGCUAAUCAUUAACUCGUUAGCUGACCGCUAACUCAUUAGCCUCAGCUAAUCGCUAACUCGUUAGCCUCAGCUAACCGCUAACUUGUUACCCGUUAGCCUCAGCUAACCACUAACUCAUUACACGUUAGCUGCAGCUAACCACUAACUCGUUACCCGUUAGCCUCAGCUAACCACUAACUCAUUACACGUUAGCCUCAGCUAACCACUAACUCGUUACCCGUUGGCCUCAGCUAACCGCUAACUCGUUACCCGUUAGCCUCAGCUAACCACUAACUCAUUACACGUUAGCUGCAGCUGACUGCUAACAUGAGAUAUUCUUUAUUUACCCCCCACGGUUCUCUUUAUAUCCUGCUGUCAUUUAUUGGUCAAAGUUCACCGAGGUGGAACUCAAUGUGUGGAUUAUUUGUUAUUAUUUGUUACUCUCACACUGACAGAACGGUCAGAGGUCAGAGGUCGUGAGCUUUUAGGACCCGGUUGUCUUGUAUGAAUGUCUUUAUGCUGAAUCAACAUGGUGGUGUUUCUUCUUUGUCUUGUUGAUAUCAAAAGGUGGAAGGCUGAGGUUUUGUGAGCGGUUUGCACAGUUUUAUCUGAGGUUGAUGUUUUUAAGUAGAAACAGCUGACGUUCUGAGCUUUAGAACUGUUUAUAUUAUGAAACUAUUUAUUUACUUUUGAUGCCUUCUUAAAGACAAAAUAAACUGGUUUAUUGUUAUUUAUUUCACCGGAGAAGUAAAUCACAUGGUGAGUUUUAUCUCUUAGUAUAAUUUUAUUGCAGAUUUCUACAGUCUUGAUGUGAUGUUGCUGUGUGUCCACCUGUUCCAGGUGUGCUCAUAGCUCCGCCUACACCACACACUGUUGAAUGACGUUCUAGUAGCCGGUUGUCAGAUGUUAGCAAUAGCGCUUUGAUCUAGAUUCAGAAUUGGCCUCAAUAUAAAACGACUUGAUUAUGACUGAUUCUGUUUGAACAGGAGCAACAAGAUUGAACAAUAUUUAAAGGUCCAGUUUUCUUCUGAA